CGAUCCACUUUGUGUGCAGUACCAUCCUUCCAUGUGUUCCCUUUUCGCCUUUCAUGUUCGUGAACUGCUCGUAGGUUGAAGAUGUCUGCUGUUGGGACGCUAGCAUUUGAUGAAUAUGGGCGUCCUUUCAUUAUCAUUAAGGAUCAAGACAAAAAAUCGAGAGUGUCUGGUCUUGAUGCGCUGAAGCAACAUAUAUUGGCAGCAAAGGCCGUGUCCAAUACAUUGAGGACUUCUCUGGGCCCCAAUGGACUUGAUAAAAUGAUGGUAAAUCAGGAUGGAGAAGUAACUGUCACGAACGAUGGAGCAACCAUUCUAAGUAUGAUGGAUGUGGAGCACCAAGUUGCCAAACUGAUGGUGGAACUGUCAAAGUCUCAGGAUGAUGAGAUUGGUGAUGGAACCACUGGAGUCGUAGUCCUUGCUGGGGCAUUGCUGGAGCAGGCUGAACAGUUGCUGGAUCGUGGUAUUCAUCCUAUUAGAAUAGCUGAUGGUUAUUCGCAGGCUGCUCGUGUUGCUGUUGAACAUCUGGACAAAAUUGGUGACAGCUUUCCUGUGGAUCCCAACAAUACUGAGCCCCUUGUUCAAACUGCGAUGACAACACUUGGAUCCAAAGUUAUAACCCGUUGCCAUAGGCAAAUGGCAGAAAUUGCAGUAAAUGCUAUCCUGACUGUAGCAGAUAUGGAACGUAAAGAUGUUGAUUUUGAGUUGAUUAAAGUUGAAGGAAAAGUUGGCGGCAAAUUAGAGGAUACCCAACUGAUCAAAGGAGUGGUAGUAGACAAAGAAUUUAGCCAUCCUCAAAUGCCCAAGGUUGUACAGGAUGCAAGACUUGCUGUCUUAACUUGUCCCUUUGAACCACCAAAGCCCAAGACCAAGCACAAGUUGGAUGUGACUUCAGUGGACGAUUACAAAGCCUUGCAAAAAUAUGAAAAAGACAAGUUCAUUGAGAUGAUAACUCAGAUUAAACAGACUGGGGCAAACAUUGCCAUUUGCCAGUGGGGUUUUGAUGAUGAAGCCAAUCACCUAUUGUUACAAAACGAGUUGCCUGCUGUCCGCUGGGUUGGUGGUCCUGAAAUUGAGUUGAUAGCUAUUGCAACUGGUGGGCGCAUUGUGCCUCGUUUCAGUGAACUUACAUCCGAAAAACUUGGCUUUGCUGGCAUAGUCAGAGAAGUCUCAUUUGGAACAACAAAGGACAAGAUGCUAAUUAUAGAGCAGUGCAAGAAUUCUAGGGCUGUUACAAUAUUCAUCAGGGGAGGAAAUAAAAUGAUUAUUGAGGAAGCAAAACGGUCUCUUCAUGAUGCACUGUGUGUAAUUCGCAAUCUCAUCCGUGAUAAUCGUGUUGUAUAUGGAGGUGGUGCUGCAGAAAUUUCUUGUGCAUUGGCAGUAAACGAGGCAGCAGACAAAUGCCCUUCCUUGGAGCAGUAUGCUAUGAGAGCAUUUGCUGAUGCAUUAGAAGUCAUACCCAUGUCCCUGGCUGAAAACAGUGGUAUGAAUCCUAUCCAGACAAUGGCUGAAAUCAGAGCUAAGCAACUGAAGGAGAACAACCCAGCUUUAGGAAUUGACUGUAUGCAGAAUGGAACCAGUGAUAUGAAGAAACAGCAUGUCAUUGAAACAUUGAUUGGCAAGAAGCAACAGAUUUCUCUGGCAACGCAAGUGGUUAAAAUGAUUCUAAAAAUUGAUGACAUCCGCAAACCUGGAGAGAUUGAAGACUAGUGGUUUACUUCAUUUGUAGCUAUUUAUUGUUUGGAUUAAAAACUUAUCAAAGUAAGCUCUUAACUCUUGCACAAUAAACAUGUUGAAGUAUG